AUGGCGCUCCGCGAGUUCAAGGCGCCCGUCAACUACGAAACUCAGCAGUCGGCGUUCGAAUCUUUUCUCAAGGACUUCAAGACGUCGCCCGAGCAUACCCUCACCACCGCCCUCGGCAACAUCACAAUUGGCGAAGAUGAUCUCAGCGACGAGGAUGAUCUCAUGGACGAGGACGACCAGACUCGCCAGCGUCGCCAGGAGGAGCGGGCCAAGAGGAAAACACCCCAGCACAAGUACAACGACAUGCUGCAAUUGCUCGCGGACCGCAAGAUUGACGAAUUCGCCAUCGAUCUGGAUGAUCUAGCUACUUGGGAGGGGCAAACGGACGAGUCGAUGAAGCUCGUGGACUCAAUUGAGAUGAACACGAAGCACUACGUCGAGAUCAUGGCCAGGGCUGUAGACAAUGUCUUGCCCCAGCCUAGCGAAGAAGUCAACUUCAAAGAUGACGUCCUAGACGUGUUGAUGGCCAGGCGACAGGCUAGAAAUCGAGAGCUCGACGACCUGGCAGAGAGAGAUCCCACUACCGCCGAAGACAAGUUCCCAGCCGAGCUAACCCGUCGGUACACCCUCGUCUUCAAGCCCCGAACAGGGACAGAAGAAGGUGCCUCAAAGGCGCUGGCCGUGCGACAUGUUCGAGGCGAGCACCUUGGCCACCUCAUCACCAUCCGAGCCAUUGCCACGCGUGUUUCCGACGUCAAGCCGAUUGUUCAAGUUAGCGCCUAUACGUGCGAUCGCUGCGGUUGUGAAAUCUUCCAGCCUAUUUCUGAUAAGCAGUAUGGACCUCUGACCAUGUGCCCCUCGUCCGAUUGCAAAAAGAACCAGGCAAAGGGUCAGCUGCACCCUUCAUCCAGAGCGUCCAAGUUCUUGCCCUUCCAGGAGGUCAAGGUUCAGGAGCUGGCUGAGCAGGUUCCCAUCGGCCAGAUUCCCCGCUCUCUCACCGUUCACUGCUUUGGCAGUCUUGUCCGAAAAGUCAACCCUGGUGAUGUGGUUGACAUCUCUGGCAUCUUCUUGCCCACGCCUUAUACCGGCUUCAAGGCGAUGAGGGCCGGUCUCUUGACUGACACAUAUCUCGAGGCCCAUCACAUUCACCAGCACAAAAAGGCCUACAGCGAGAUGAUUGUCGAUGCACAGCUUGUCCGAAGAAUCGACCGGUACAGACAGUCCGGCCAAGUCUACGAGCUGCUCGCCAAAUCCAUUGCUCCAGAAAUCUUUGGCCACCUGGAUGUCAAGAAGGCUCUUCUUCUUUUGCUCAUUGGUGGUGUCAACAAGGAAAUGGGUGACGGCAUGAAGAUCCGUGGUGACAUCAACAUUUGCUUGAUGGGUGAUCCUGGUGUUGCCAAAUCGCAGAUGCUCAAGUACAUCUCAAAGGUUGCCCCCCGUGGUGUCUAUACUUCGGGUCGUGGAAGCAGUGGUGUCGGUCUUACCGCCGCCGUCAUGCGAGACCCGGUCACAGACGAGAUGGUUCUGGAGGGUGGUGCGCUUGUGCUGGCCGAUAACGGCAUCUGCUGUAUCGAUGAAUUCGACAAGAUGGACGAGAAUGAUCGAACUGCGAUCCACGAAGUGAUGGAACAGCAAACCAUCUCCAUCUCAAAGGCCGGCAUCUCUACCAGUCUUAAUGCCCGUACAUCCAUCCUUGCAGCUGCUAACCCGGUCUACGGCCGAUACAACCCCCGCAUCUCCCCCGUUGAAAACAUCAACCUCCCCGCUGCUCUCCUGUCCCGUUUCGACAUCCUUUUCCUGCUCCUCGAUACCCCCACACGAGACACAGAUGAACAGCUUGCCAAGCACGUCACGUACGUGCACAUGAACAGCCGACACCCCGACCUUGGCACCGACAAUGUCGUCUUCUCCCCGCAUGAAGUGCGAUCCUAUGUCGCCCAGGCCCGAACCUAUCGACCAGUCGUGCCCGAAUCGGUCUCCGAGUACAUGAUCAAGACGUACGUCCGUCUGCGAGACCAGCAGCAGCGAGCAGAGAAGAAGGGCAAGCAGUUCACACAUACCACGCCACGUACCCUGCUUGGUGUGGUCCGUCUGGCGCAGGCCCUGGCUCGUCUCCGUUUCAGCAACCAAGUCACCCAAGACGAUGUUGACGAGGCACUGCGACUGGUCGAAGCUAGUAAAGAGAGUCUGAACACUGACGCUGGUGGUCCUCGACGCGGCCUCAACGCCAGCAGCAGAAUUUACAACCUCGUCAAGGCCUUGGCCGAUUCGGGUGCUUGCCGUCCGGAUGAUGCAGACGACGACGACGAACUGGGCGUGGAGCUCAGCAUGAGGAAGGUCAAGGAGCGUGUGAUUGCCAAGGGGUUCACAGAGGACCAGUGGCUGAAUGCCCUAGAAGAGUACACAACUUUGGACGUUUGGCAAACUGCUGGCGGCGGCUCAAGACUAGUCUUUGUCACUGCAGACGAUGACAGAGAAGACAGCAUGGAAGAGUAG